CUCUUUCUCUCCCCCGGAAUUGUCACCUUCGCAUUUCUUCUUUCACGACCGCCGUGCAGCCUAGCCAGAACGGCUCAUCAUUUCCACCGCGGCCACCUCUCUUCAUACGGUUCUUCAACUUCAAUUGAAUUACGUUUUCUUCUUCAGCAGAUCGUUUUUUGAAAUUUUAAUCGGAGUUUUGGAAUUUGAAAUCUGUUUUUUGGUGGGGCCUAGAGUGAGGAAUUGCGCGAUCGGAUCUGUUUUGGAUUUGGAGAUCCAUUGUUGGGAGGGAUUUUGUGGUGUGUUUUCAUUUUGUGAUGGCUAUUGUCACUCUUUUUCUUUUGGUAGUUGUUUGAGGUAAUCCUUUUUGUGGGUGGAAAUUACGGCGGCCAUUUUCCUUUUGUUUUAUUCAAAUUCAGCUCUCUUGUUGCUCGUGGCAACGCUUGUGGAAGGUUUUUUUUGCAUUUUCAUAUACUUGGAAUAGGUUUCCUGUUGUUAUGUGAAGUUUUGGCAUCUGAGUGAGUCAUUAGAAGCAGGAAAUGGUUAAAAGGCAUGGAGUGUUUUGAUUAUCAAGCGAUAUCAUGUUGCAGUGCAUAGGGGGAUUUUUUGCUUCCUUAGUAAGAUGUUGUGAUCUUGACUUGUAUAAGCAAUCAAGAGGUCUUGACGAUCCUGAACUUCUAGCGAGGGAGACUGUGUUCAGUGUAAGUGAAAUAGAGGCACUAUAUGAGCUCUUCAAGAAGAUAAGCAGUGCCGUGAUUGAUGAUGGCCUGAUCAACAAGGAGGAGUUCCAACUGGCAUUGUUCAAAACGAAUAAAAAGGAAAGCUUAUUCGCUGAUAGGGUGUUUGAUUUAUUUGAUACAAAACACAAUGGAAUAUUGGGCUUCGAAGAGUUUGCUCGUGCAUUAUCAGUAUUUCAUCCGAAUGCCCCGAUUGAUGAUAAAAUUGAAUUUUCUUUUCAAUUGUACGAUCUUAAGCAGCAAGGUUUUAUAGAGAGACAAGAGGUGAAGCAAAUGGUGGUGGCUACCCUUGCAGAAUCUGGUAUGAAUCUUUCGGAUGAUGUUAUUGAGAGUAUAAUAGAUAAGACUUUUGAAGAAGCUGAUACAAAACAUGACGGAAAAAUCGACAAAGAAGAGUGGAGAAACCUUGUUAUGCGGCAUCCAUCUCUCUUAAAGAACAUGACCCUUCAAUAUCUCAAGGACAUCACCACAACUUUCCCAAGCUUCGUCUUCCAUUCACAAGUCGACGAUACCUGAAGUCGUGAUCGUGAUUGUGAUUGUGAUCUGCCGUUUAAAGUUUAAAGUAUAUCGAUUGUAUUUGAAUCAUGGUUUGCCCAGUUGUAAACUCUAUAGGCCACUUCUUAGAGGGGCAAACAUCGAAUUUUCACUUCACAUGGGUUGUUCUUUGGGUUAUUUUGGGUCUUGUUUCUUCAGUGACUAAAUUAUUGUAUUUUAAGCAUGAGACAAGCAGACCAGUGGUUGCUUUUGUUUGCA